AUGUCCUCUUGUAAGCCUUCCUUGACUCCAAUUGAUACUAAACCCAAGGUCAGUGGCUCUACUGGUGACCCCUAUGAGGAUCCCACUCUUUUUAAGAGUCUUGUAGGUGGUCUCCAGUACCUUACUUUCACUCGCCCAGAUAUAUCCUAUGCUGUUCAGCAGAUUUGUCUCCAUAUGCAUGCUCAUACCGAUGUACCCAUGCUUGCUCUUAAACGAAUCAUUCAGUAUAUCCAGUGCACACUUGAUCAUAGGUUACAUCUUUACCCCUCUUCAGUUACUGAUUUGGUAUCCUACACUGAUACUGAUUGGGGUGGAUGUCCUAACACCCGCCAGUCUACGUCGGAUUAUUGUGUUUUCUUGGGAGAUAACUUGAUUUCUUGGUCCUCGAAGCAGCAGCCUACCCUCUCUCGCUCUAGUGCGUAA